AAUUUCAUACAUUGCGCACGUACAUUUCAUGGCGGUGGUAUCGUGUCGUAGUCCGUCAGUCAAAGUACUGUCCUCUGUGGUUUUUCAAGAAAAAUUCAGCAUUUAGUGAUCAGUCGUGUUUUAUUCUUUCGUUUUACGUUCGACUAACAAGUCGAAGUUAAUUUUCGACAAACCUGUUCUAUCAAAUCGCCAAGACGAAGCUUAAAAUGCCAUUGGGCAAUCACGCUGCCCUUACACCCCUGGAGGACAUGUCAGCUGGUCGAGGACAAGCAGGUGGGGGGCCUCCUCCGAGUUGUCAGAAAAUUUUUAUACAACGUGACUAUAGUGAAGGCACUGUUGUUAAGUUUCAAACGCAAUUUCCUCCGGAAUUGGAGAGCAGACUGGACAGACAGUCGUUCGAGUAUACAAUCAAUCAGUUGAACAACUACUUCGCAGAAGCUGAACGUGCCAGUUGUUCUACAUACUGCGAAGGUUGCCUGGCAUGCCUCACUGGUUAUCUAAUUUAUAUAUGCACAGAGACUCAUUAUGAAAAGUGUUUAAGAAAAGUGGCAAAGUUUGUUUGUGAACAAAAUGACAGAGUCUAUAAACCACGUGGUCUGUUAUUAACAGAUCCAGCAAUGCGUGGUCUUAGGCUAAUAGAAAUUUCAAUACUGGAUAGACCUGCAUCGUGACUGCACAUUAGCCGAUCCAGGGAAUUCUUUAUGUGAUCCACGCACUUCUGCCACUUUGCUAGGAUUGCAAAACCUAUAUGAGCUGAUGAGUGUCUCUGGACAUAAAUUUUGUUCAAUCUCUGAUCCUAUUUUACAAUUUAGUUUAUGUAAUAUGAAUUUUAUAGAGAUUCACAGAGUAAAACAA